GAAACAAGCAAGAUUCAAAAGAAACUUGCAUUUCUUGUUCCUCAAGAACUUGGGUAACUCCGAAUCAGUGCGCUAACAAUUCAACAGUAGUUUCAGUUUUUAAAUUAAUGGAGUUUUAUGCUGAGGAUGGAAAGAAUUUGAGUUUGGAUAAUUCCACGUUGGUUCUGCCGGCGCUGUCCAUAGGGAAUGUAGGGCAAUUAGCGGUGGAUCUUCUAGUAGCUUCUUUGAAAGCGGAGAGAAUUGGAUAUUUGGAUGAUUCAAAUGUCGUUCCAUGCGUUGGGAAUGAUGCUUAUUGGCCUUCUCCACCUGGUGAACUCGCUCUUCCUCUCGAAGUAUAUGAAUCAUCUCCUGAUGCAUUGGCUCUUGUACAACAGAGGUCUCCGAUUGUUAAGGGCAUGAUGGUUGAAUUUGCUAGGAACUUGGCAAAUUUUGCUGCUGCAAAUGGGAAGAAACAUGUUGUUGUGCUCUCUAGUUUGGAGUUUGGGCGUUGGCAGAGCAUUGAUAUGUCAAGUGGAUCGCAGAUUCAUUACCUUUCUAGUUCCAAGUUGGAUGGAGCAGACGAUCAUUGUGAAAAACAGGGCUGGAAGAGAUUACCUGAGUAUAAUCCUACACAGAGAAUGUGGAAGCAUUUAGAUGAUUUAGCCAAAAAUGCUGCCUCGGAGGUUGAGGAAUUGCCUUUUGAAGAGCUGGGAGAUGAGGAUUACUAUGCCAGUUUGCCUUAUGCUGCAUUGUUCUCUUGUUUUAAGGCCAAAGGUCUGAAGGUUACUUGUCUACUGUGUUAUUGCUCGGAGGGAGACAACAUUCCCGAUGCCUUCCAUUUGGCUGAUGCAGUAUCAAAAACUCUGGGGCUCAGACCCAACAGUUCUCAAGGUAAUGAAGGUGGAAGCUGGACUGUGCCGUUGUCGUGGAAGAGUGUGUAUGGUCCUCCACCAGAUAUGUCUCUUUUCUAGGCUCUACUUUGGAGCUGUUUAAGUCUGUUGUUAAAUGUUUCUCGGCCUUUUGGCUAUGAUCAAAAUGAAAUAUAUUCACUUGGGCUUGUACAAGUUAAUUUGUAGGUUCAAAGUUUUUGCCAUUACAAUUUCAACCGAAUGAAUAGAUAAGUAAUUUUGAACUCGGAAUCAU